GGCUUGGUGGGCGGCGGGCGAGUCUCGCGCGACUUUGGGCGGCCCCGCCCCUCCCCUCCUCUUGGUUGACGAGACGCCGCCGCCGCCGUCGACGCCGCUGCCGCUUCUCUUUCUCUUUUCCUGCCGAAGAGGAAGGAAGGAAGGAAAGACAGGUCAUCCCUUGAGGUUGUGGCGGUGAACAUGCCAUUGUGAGACCCGGCCAGGAUCGCUCUCAUAGGAGCGGCGAGAUCAAAGGAGGACAAGACCUGAUGGCAAAUGCAUAGGCAGACAUGGCCGCCAUGGUUCCCCCGGUGAAGCUGAAAUGGCUGGAGCACCUGAACAGCUCGUGGAUCACGGAGGACAGCGAGUCCAUUGCCACGCGGGAGGGGGUGGCGGUGCUGUACGCCAAGCUGGUGGGCAACAAGGAGGUGGUGCCCUUGCCGCAGCAGGUGCUCUGCCUGAAGGGGCCCCAGCUGCCCGACUUUGAGCGCGAGUCCCUGUCCAGCGACGAGCAGGACCACUACCUGGACGCCCUGCUCAGCAGCCAGCUGGCCCUGGCCAAGAUGGUGUGCUCUGACUCGCCCUUCGCCGGCGCCCUGCGCAAGCGCCUGCUGGUCCUGCAGCGCGUCUUCUACGCCCUCUCCAACAAGUACCACGACAAGGGCAAGGUCAAGCAGCAGCAACACUCCCCUGAGAGUAGCGCAGGGUCGGCGGAUGUCCAUUCGGUCAGCGAGCGGCCGCGGUCGAGCACGGACGCCCUGAUCGAGAUGGGGGUGCGGACAGGGCUCAGCCUCCUGUUUGCGCUGCUGCGGCAGAGCUGGAUGAUGCCUGCCACUGCCGGGACAGGGCUGAGCCUGUGCAACGACGUCAUCCGCACGGCCAUCGAGGUGGUCAGCUCCCUGCCCCCACUCUCCCUUGCCAAUGAGAGCAAGAUCCCGGCCAUGGGACUGGACUGCCUCUCCCAGGUCACCGCCUUCCUCAAGGGAGUGACCGUCCCCAACUCCGGGGCAGACACGCUGGGCCGGCGCCUGGCCUCCGAGCUGCUCCUGGGCCUGGCCGCCCAGCGCGGCUCCCUGCGCUACCUCCUGGAGUGGAUUGAGAUGGCGCUGGGCGCGUCGGCCGUGGUCAACGCCAUGGAGAAGAGCAGGACGCUGCCCGCCCAGGAGGGCAUGGUCGGCUUUGACUGCUUCAUGAACAUACUCAUGCAGAUGCGCCGGUCCUUGGGAUCGUCUGCGGAUCGAAGCCAGUGGAAGGAACCCACGCGAACCUCCGACGGCUUAUGCUCACUUUACGAGGCAGCCUUGUGCCUCUUUGAGGAGGUCUGCCGCAUGGCCUCUGACUACUCCCGCACAUGCGCCAGCCCCGACAGCAUCCAGACCGGCGGUGACGCUCCCGUCGUCUCUGAGACGUGCGAGGUCUACGUCUGGGGCAGCAACAGCAGCCACCAACUGGUGGAAGGCACCCAGGAGAAGAUCCUCCAGCCCAAGCUGGCCCCCAGCUUUUCCGAUGCGCAGACAAUUGAAGCCGGACAGUACUGCACCUUUGUCAUUUCCACGGACGGCUCUGUCCGGGCCUGUGGCAAAGGCAGCUACGGGCGGCUCGGACUCGGCGACUCCAACAAUCAAUCCACUCUGAAGAAGCUGACCUUCGAGCCCCACCGGUCGAUCAAGAAGGUGUCGUCGUCCAAAGGCUCGGACGGCCACACGCUGGCCUUCACCACCGAAGGAGAGGUCUUCAGCUGGGGAGACGGCGACUACGGGAAGCUGGGCCACGGGAACAGCUCCACGCAGAAGUACCCCAAGCUCAUCCAGGGCCCCUUGCAAGGAAAGGUCGUGGUGUGCGUUUCAGCUGGAUACCGACACAGCGCCGCCGUGACCGAAGAUGGCGAAUUAUACACCUGGGGCGAAGGAGAUUUUGGGCGGCUAGGUCACGGUGACAGUAACAGCCGCAACAUUCCCACUCUCGUCAAGGACAUUAGCAACGUGGGCGAGGUCUCCUGCGGCAGCUCCCACACCAUCGCUUUAUCCAAAGAUGGGCGAACCGUUUGGUCCUUCGGAGGAGGAGACAAUGGCAAACUUGGCCACGGCGACACCAACAGAGUCUACAAGCCUAAAGUGAUAGAAGCGCUGCAGGGAAUGUUCAUCAGGAAGGUUUGUGCCGGGAGCCAGUCGUCGCUGGCGCUGACCUCAACGGGGCAGGUCUACGCCUGGGGCUGCGGAGCCUGCUUGGGGUGCGGCUCCUCCGAAGCGACCGCCCUCCGGCCCAAGCUCAUCGAGGAGCUGGCCGCCACCCGGAUCGUGGACAUCUCCAUCGGGGACAGCCACUGCUUGGCCCUUUCGCAUGAUAACGAGGUGUACGCCUGGGGCAACAACUCCAUGGGCCAGUGCGGGCAGGGCAACUCCACCGGGCCCAUCACCAAGCCCAAGAAAGUGAGCGGCCUGGACGGAGUGGCCAUCCAGCAGAUCUCGGCCGGGACCUCCCACAGCCUGGCCUGGACCGCCCUGCCCAGGGACAGGCAAGUGGUGGCCUGGCACCGGCCUUACUGCGUGGAUCUCGAGGAAAGCACCUUCUCGCACCUCCGCUCUUUCCUGGAACAGUAUUGCGACAAAAUCAACAGCGAAGUCCCUCCCCUUCCUUUCCCUUCCUCCAGGGAGCACCACCACUUCCUGAAGCUGUGCCUGAAGCUGCUCUCCAACCACCUGGCCCUGGCCCUGGCCGGCGGAGUGGCCACCAGCAUCCUGGGCAGGCAGGCUGGGCCCCUGCGCAACCUCCUCUUCCGCCUGAUGGACUCCUCCGUCCCAGACGAGAUCCAGGAAGUUGUGAUUGAGACCCUCUCGGUUGGCGCCACGAUGCUGCUUCCGCCCUUGAGAGAGAGAAUGGAGCUGCUGCAUUCCCUGCUGCCCCAAGGCCCCGACCGGUGGGAGAGCCUCUCCAAAGGACAGCGGAUGCAGCUGGACAUCAUCCUGACCAGCCUGCAGGACCACACGCACGUGGCCUCCCUGCUGGGCUAUAGCUCCCCUUCGGACGCCACGGACGUCUCCUCACUCUGCAUGGCCUACGCAAACCUCUCCGACCCCUCCUUCGGCGCCCAGGGCCACCACCCGGACACCCACCUGGCCGAGAUCCUCAUGAAGACCCUCCUGCGCAACCUGGGGUUCUAUACAGACCAGGCCUUUGGGGAGCUGGAAAAGAACAGCGACAAGUUCCUGCUGGGGACGUCGUCCUCGGAGAACAGCCAGCCGGCCCACCUGCACGAGCUGCUCUGCUCCCUCCAGAAGCAGCUCCUGGCCUAUUGCCACAGCAGCAGCCUCGGGGAGAACUCCAGCAGCAGCGUGGCCCUCCUGCACAAGCACCUGCAGCUCCUGCUUCCGCACGCCACCGACAUCUUCUCCCGCUCUGCCAUCCUGCUGAAGGAGAGUUCCUGGAACGGCAGCGUCGGCGAAAAGCUCCGAGACGUGGUGUAUGUCUCUGCUGCAGGAAGCAUGCUCUGCCAGAUUGUGAACUCCCUGCUGCUGCUGCCGGUCUCCGUCGCCCGCCCUCUGCUGAGCUUCCUCUUGGACCUCUUGCCCCCACUCGACCGGCUCAACCGGCUGCUCCCGGCAGCGGCGCUUCUGGAAGACCAGGAGUUGCAAUGGCCGCUCCACGGCGGCCCGGAGCUGGUGGACCCGUCGGGGGUGCCCUUGCCGCAGCCGGCCCAGUCGUGGGUGUGGCUGGUGGACCUGGAGCGCACGGUGGCGCUGCUGAUCGGCCGCUGCCUGGGGGGGAUGCUGCAGGGCUCCCCCGCCUCUCCCGAGGAGCAGGACACCGCCUUCUGGCUCAAGACGCCCCUCUUCAGCGACGGCGUCGAGAUGGACAUCCCACAACUAGAGAAGUCCAUGAGUUCCCUGCUGGAGGCGGCCCUCUCCGGCAACGAGGAGCAGAAGCCCUUUGACUACAAGCUGCGCCCGGACAUCUCCGUCUUUGUGGACCUGGCCUUGGGCUGCGCCAAGGAGCCCUCCCGCAGCCUCUGGGUCAGCAUGCAGGACUACGCCGUCAGCAAAGAUUGGGACAGCGCCACGCUGAGCAGCGAGUCCCUCCUGGACACCGUCUCCAGGUUUGUCCUGGCUGCCCUUCUGAAGCAUACCGGCCUCCUCGGCCAGGCCAGCGGAGAGAGCAGGUACCAGCCGGGCAAAGCGCUGGUUGAAGUGUAUCGGUGCGUGUACAAGGUCCGGAGCCGCUUGCUCGCCUGCAAGAACAUGGAGCUCAUUCAGACACGCUCAUCCUCCAGAGACCGAUGGCUGUCGGAGAACCUGGACUCCUCGGAGCUGGAUGCGCAGGAGAGCUCCUUCACGCGCACCAUUGACGAGGAGGCGGAGAUGGAGGAGCAGGCCGAGCGGGAGCGGGAGGAGGGCCACCCGGAGCAGGAGGAGGAGGAGGAGGAGCGCGAGCACGAGGUCAUGACGGCCGGCAAAAUCUUUCAAUGUUUCCUAUCAGCCCGCGAAGUGGCGCGCAGCCGGGAGCGGAGCGGCGGCGACAGAGGAGGGGCGGGGGCGCGCCUGGAGGGGGAGCCGCCCCCGGAGUGCCCGCAGGAGCGGCGCGGCAGCAGGGAGCUGCUCCUCCCGGAAGGGCAGGACGUCUACACGGCCGCCUGCAACGCCGUGGUCCACCGCUGCGCCCUGCUCAUCCUGGGGGUCAGCCCCGUGGUCGAGGAGCUGCAGCGGCAGCGGAGGGAGGAAGGGCCCACCCCCCAACAGCAGCAGCAGCAGCAGCAGCAGCCGCCCACCUCCCUCUCCGGAGGAGGAGGAGGAGGAGCAGGAACAGGAGGGCUCAUGACCAGAAGCGAGAGCCUGACGGCCGAGAGCCGCUCGAUCCACUCCAUGUCCAGCUACAAGCUGAUGAAGUCGCGGAGCGAGUCGGACCUGUCCCAGCCCGAAUCCGACGAAGAAGGCUGCUCCCUGAACGGACGGCGAAAUGUGGACCUGGACUUGGCGUCGUCGCAUAGGAAGAGGGUGUGUUUGCUCCUUCUGGGCCAGUUGAGCCCCAGGAAAAAGAAGAGCGGCAAGCAAGUACCCCACGGCAUGGGGCACGGCCCCAUGGAGGCCCUGAGCGACUCCUGGACGCGCCUGAAGCAGCGCGACUGGUUCUACGGCUCCUCCUCCUGCCUCUUCGGGGAGUCGCUGUCCGACUUUGACCCCAGCCAGGCCGUUGGGCUCCACACCCUCAUCGAGAACGUGGUGGGCUUCAUCAGCGGGGACGUGGGCAGCGCGCCGGGCUUCAAGGAGCCCGAGGAGAGCAUGUCCACCAGCCCACAGGCCUACGUGCUCGCCAUGGAGCAGCAGCAGCAGCGCGCCGAGCUGCGCCUGGAGGCCCUGCACCAGAUCCUGGUCCUGCUCUCCGGGAUGGAAGAGGAGAAGAGCAGCAGCAGCAGCAGCAGCGCCUCUGCCGCCUCCGCCGUCGUGUCCCCGCUGGGGGUGCGCCAAGGGCUGGCCUUCCCCUCCGCCUCCCUCCUCACCUCAGUGCGGCUGCAGUUCCUGGCCGGGUGCUUCGGCCUGGGCUCCGUGGGGCACGCAGGCGCCAAGGGGGAGAGCGUCCGCCUCCAUCACUACCAGGACGGCAUCCGGGCCGCCAAGAGGAACAUCCAGGCGGAGAUCCAGGUGGCGGUGCACAAGAUCUAUCAGCAGCUGUCGGCCACGCUGGAAAGGGCCCUCCAGGCAAAUAAACACCACAUCGAGGCCCAGCAGCGCCUCCUGCUGGUGACGGUCUUUGCGCUGAGCGUGCACUACCAGCCGGUGGACGUCUCCUUGGCCAUCUCCACCGGCCUGCUCAACGUCCUCUCCCAGCUCUGUGGGACGGACACCAUGCUGGGACAGACCCUGCAGCUCCUCCCCAAGUCCGGCGUCUCCCAGCUCAGCACCGCCCUCAAGGUCGCCAGCACCCGGCUCCUCCAGAUCCUCGCCAUCACCACCGGGACCUACGCGGACAAGCUGAGCCCCAAAGUGGUGCAGUCCUUGCUGGACCUGCUGUGCAGCCAGCUGAAGAACCUGCUCUCGCAGGCCGGAGGGGUGCUCAUGGCCUCCUUUGGGAAGAAAGAGGACGGUGAGCUGGAGCCGGAGGAGGAGAAGAAAGCCGAGUCCAACGGAGAGAGCGAGAGGAGGGACUUCAGAGUGGCCCUCCGGAAGCAGCACGCGGCCGAGUUGCACCUGGGCGACUUCUUAGUCUUCCUGAGGAGGGUGGUCUCUUCCAAAGCCAUCCAGUCCAAGAUGGCUUCUCCAAAGUGGACGGAAGUGCUGCUGAACAUCGCCUCCCAGAAGUGCUGCUCAGGCGUCCCUUUGGUGGGCAACCUGCGCACCCGGCUGCUGGCCCUGCACGUCCUGGAGGCCGUCCUGCCCGCCUGCGAGUCCGGGGUGGAAGACGACCAGAUGGACCAGGUGAUUGAGCGGCUGUUUUCCCUCUUGUCGGACUGCAUGUGGGAGAGCCCCGUGGCGCAAGCGAAGCACGUCAUUCAGAUCAAGGAGAAAGAGCAAGAGAUGAAGCUGCAGAAACAGGGCGAGUCGGAAGAAGAGGACGAGAACCUCCCGAUCCAGGAAGUGUCCUUUGACCCGGAGAAGGCCCAGUGCUGCAUCGUGGAGAGCGGGCAGGUCCUGACCCACGGGAGCGGCGGGAAGGGCUACGGCCUGGCCUCCACCGGCGUCACCUCCGGAUGCUACCAGUGGAAGUUCUACAUCGUGAAGGAGAACCGGGGCAACGAGGGGACCUGUGUGGGGGUCUCGCGCUGGCCGGUGCACGACUUCAACCACCGCACGACCUCGGACAUGUGGCUCUACCGCGCCUACAGCGGGAACCUCUACCACAAUGGGGAGCAGACCCUGACGCUGACCAGCUUCACCCAGGGGGACUUCAUCACCUGCGUGCUGGACAUGGAGGCACGGACCAUCUCCUUCGGCAAGAACGGAGAGGAACCCAAGCUGGCCUUUGAGGACGUGGACGCGGCAGAGCUCUACCCCUGCGUGAUGUUCUAUAGCAGCAAUCCUGGAGAAAAGGUCAAGAUCUGUGACAUGCAGAUGCGUGGGACGCCGCGUGACCUGCUCCCGGGGGACCCCAUUUGCAGCCCGGUGGCCACGGUGCUGGCAGAGGCCACCGUCCAGCUCAUCCGCAUCCUCCACCGGACGGACCGCUGGACGCACUGCAUCAACAAGAAGAUGGCGGAGCGGCUGCACAAGAUCAAGUGCUGCCUCAAGGAGGCCUCCUCCUCCUCCGCUGCGGCCACUUCCUCUGUCGCCGCCGGGCAGAAGCUGAAGAAGAGCCGCUCGGUGCAGAGCCGGGAGGAGAGCGAGGCGCGCGAGGAGAAGGAGAAGGAGGCGGAGGAGCAGCAGCGGGGCAAGCACGGCGGCGGGGGCAGCAGUGGGGGCCGCCACGGCCUGGCCGACCUCUCAGAGCCCCAGCUGAAGACCCUCUGCGUGGAGGUCUGGCCCGUGCUGGCCGUCAUUGGCGGAGUGGACGGCGGGCUGCGAGUUGGAGGGCGCUGUGUCCAUCGCCAGACCGGGCGCCAUGCCACGCUGCUGGGCGUGGUCAAGGAAGGCAGCGCCUCCGCCAAGGUCCAGUGGGACGAGGCCGAGAUCACCGUCAGCUUCCCAACUUUUUGGUCGCCUAGUGACACGCCCCUGUACAACCUGGAGCCCUGCGAGCCCCUGCCCUUCGACGUGGCGCGCUUCCGAGGGCUGACGGCCGCUGUCCUGCUGGACCUCACCUUCCUGACCGGCAUCCACGAAGAGCCCGCCAAGCCGGGCCCCAAGCGCCACGAGAAGAAGCACCGGCACGACCCCGAAGACCGGGCCGAGGCGGCUGAGGAAGCGGACGCGCCCGCCGUGGAACCCGUGCCCGGCGUGGAGGAGGGCAGGGGGCACUCGCGGCUCGAGAGCGAGGGCGGGCCCUUCCCCUCGGAGGCCGUCCCCUUGGGUGCGCUGGCGGAGGGGGCGCACCCCAGUGCCGAGGGCAGGCGCAAGGCCCACGAGCACGCCCCCAGGAGCCACGAGGCCGCCGCGCAGUCGGAGAUCCGGGCGGUGCAGCUCUCGUACCUCUACCUGGGCGCCAUGAAGUCCCUGGGCUCCCUCCUGAGCUGCAGCAAGUACGCCGAGCUGCUGCUGAUCCCCAAGGUGCUGGCCGAGAGCGGGCACAACUCGGACUGCGCCAGCUCCCCCGUCGUCCACGAGGAGGCCGAGAUGCGGGCCGCCCUGCAGUUCCUCAUGCGCCACAUGGUCAAGCGGGCCGUCAUGCGCUCGCCCAUCAAGCGGGCCCUGGGCCUGGCCGACCUGGAGCGCGCACAGGCCAUGGUCUACAAGCUGGUCCUCCACGGGAUGCUGGAGGAGCAGGGCAGCGGAGGCCGGGCCAAGACAGAGGCGGACCCCCAGGCGGAGGAGGGGGAGGGGGCCCCGCAGGCCCAGACACCGGUCACCACCAGCCCCUCGGCCUCCAGCACCACCUCCUUCAUGAGCAGCUCCCUGGAGGACACCACCACCGCCACCACCCCCGUCACCGACACCGAGACCGUCCCCGCCUCCGAGUCGCCCGGCGUCCUGCCCCUCAGCCUCCUCCGGCAAAUGUUCUCCAGCUACCCAACGACGGCCGCCCUCCCUGCGAGGCGGGCGCAGACCCCGCCGGUCUCCUCGCUGCCCACCUCCCCCUCGGACGACGUGGGCCGCCGGCAGUCCCUCACCUCCCCGGACUCCCAGUCCGCGCGGCCCGCCAACCGCACAGCUCUGUCGGACCCGAGCAGCCGCCUCUCGACCUCCCCGCCCCCGCCGGCCAUCGCGGUCCCCCUCCUGGAAAUGGGCUUCUCCCUCCGGCAGAUCGCUAAGGCCAUGGAGGCCACAGGGGCGAGAGGCGAGGCGGACGCGCAGAACAUCACGGUGCUGGCCAUGUGGAUGAUCGAACACCCGGGGACCGAGGAGGAGGAGGAGGAGCCGCGGCCGGAGGAGGAGGCCGGGGCGGACGCGCACCUCCAGGGGGGCUCCGCGGGCCUCUCGGGGGGCAAGUCCGGCGACCAGGGCUUCCUGCAGUCCCCGGGAGACAUCCCCUCCGCCGACGCCCCCGAGAUGGAGGAAGGCUUCGGAGAAAGGCUCCUUCUGUGCGCUUUCAGAGAUGACAACAUGGAGCACAGGGAAAAUGCCGCCUCGGGGAGCGGGCCCGCCUCCAGGGGGCGCUCCGCCGUCACCCGGAGGCACAAGUUUGACUUGGCGGCCCGGACGUUGUUGGCGCGCGCAGCGGGGUUGUACCGCUCCGUACAGGCCCACCGGAACCAGAGCCGGAGGGAAGGGGUCUCCCUGCCGCAGGACCCGGGCGCCUUCUACGACUUCAACCUGGACGAGGAGCUGGAGAUCGACCUGGACGACGAGGCCAUGGAGGCCAUGUUCGGGCAGGACCUGGCCAGUGAUAAUGACAUUCUGGGAAUGUGGCUCCCAGAGGUACUGGAUUGGCCGACCUGGCACGUUUGCGAGUCAGAGGACCGGGAGGAGGUAGUGGUGUGCGAGCUGUGCGAGUGCAGCGUGGUGAGCUUCAACCAGCACAUGAAGAGGCACCACCCGGGCUGCGGGCGCAGCGCCAACCGCCAGGGCUACCGCAGCAACGGCUCCUACGUCGACGGGUGGUUCGGCGGGGAGUGCGGGAGCGGGAACCCCUACUACCUCCUCUGCGGGAGCUGCCGGGAGAAGUACCUGGCCCUCAAGAGCAAGAGCAAGACCUCCGCCUCCGAAAGGUACAAAGGGCAGGCCCCCGACCUGAUUGGCAAGCAGGAGAGCGUCUACGAAGAGGACUGGGACAUGUUGGACGUGGACGAGGAGGAGAAGCUGACCGGGGAGGAGGAGUUUGAGCUGCUGGCCGGGCCCCUCGGCCUCAACGACCGCCGCAUCGUCCCCGAGCCGGUCCAGUUCCCGGACAGCGACCCGCUGGGGGCCUCCGUGGCCAUGGUCACCGCCACCAACAGCAUGGAGGAAACGCUCAUGCAGAUCGGCUGCCAGGGCUCGGUGGAUAAAGGCUCCUCGGGCCGCGUGACGCUGGGGGAGCAGGCGGCGGCCCUGGUGAACCCGCACGACCGGCUGGUGGCGCUGCGGAGGGUGACGGCGGCCGCCCAGGUGCUCCUGGCCAGGACCAUGGUCAUGCGCGCCCUCUCCCUCCUCUCCGUCAGCGGAUCCAGCUGCAGCCUGGCCGCAGGGCUGGAGUCUCUGGGCCUGACGGACAUCCGGACGCUGGUGCGGCUGAUGUGCCUGGCCGCCGCCGGCCGCGCGGGCCUCUCCACGGGUCCCUGCUCCUCCUCCUCCUCUUCGUCAUCUUCGUCCUCCUCCUCCGCGGAGAGGUCGCGGGGGGCCCUCCACAGCAAGAUGAGCAAGCCCAUCUCCUGCCUGGCCUACCUCAGCACCGCCGUGGGCUGCCUGGCCUCCAACACGCCCAGCGCCGCCAAGCUCCUCGUCCAGCUCUGCACACAGAACCUGAUCUCGGCGGCCACGGGGGUGAACCUGACCACGGUGGACGACCCCGUGCAGCGCAAGUUCCUUCCCAGCUUCCUGCGCGGGAUCGCUGAGGAGAACAAGCUGGUGACGUCCCCCAACUUUGUGGUGACGCAGGCGCUGGUGGCCCUGCUGGCCGACAAGGGGGCCAAGCUGCGCCCCAACUACGACAAGGCCGAGGUCGAGAAGAAAGGCCCGCUGGAGCUGGCUAACGCACUAGCCGCUUGCUGCCUCUCUUCAAGGUUGUCCUCGCAGCACCGGCAGUGGGCCGCCCAGCAGCUGGUCCGCACCCUGGCUGCGCACGACCGCGACAAUAGCCAGAGCGGCCCCCAGACCCUGGCCGACAUGGCCGCCGACCUGCGCAGGUGUGCCUCCAUCAAGCUGGAGGCCCACCAGAACCGGGUCACCACGUGCGUGUGGUGCAACAAGAAGGGCCUCUUGGCCACGAGCGGCAACGACGGGACGAUCCGGGUGUGGAGCGUCACCAGGAAGCAGUACUCCCUGCAGCAGACCUGCGUCUUCACCAAACUGGAGGGCGAAGCGGAGGAGAGCAGCCCCGGCUCCCCCGGCGACCCCGGCCUCUCCCUGGCUUGUUGGAGCCCCAGCGGGCGCUUUCUGGCCGGAGCCUUGGAGAAGGUGGUCAACAUCUGGCAGGUCAACGGCGGGAAGGGCCUUCUGGACGCGCAGCCACACUGGGUCUCGGCGCUGUGCUGGGCGGAGGAGGGUCCGGCCGCGGCCUGGGCGGGGGAGGCGCCCCCCGAGGCGCUGCUGGUGGGGCGCCUGGACGGCUCCCUCGGCCUCAUCGAAGUCCUGGACGCCUCCGCCAUGCGGCCCCUGGAGCUGGAGCACUGCUUCCGCAAGGACGUGUCGGUGACCUGCCUGGCGUGGUUCAGCGAGGACAAGCCUUUCGCGGUGGGCUACUCGGACGGGAAGCUGCUGAUCGGGACCAGAGAGGAGCCCCUCGAGAAAGGGGGCAUCGUCCUGGUCGACGCCCACAAGGACGGCCUCCUGAGCCUGAAGUGGGACCCGACGGGCCGGAUCCUGCUGACCUGCGCCAAGGAGGAGUCGGUCAAGCUCUGGGGCUUCUCCGUGGCCGGAGGCUGGGUCCACUUGCACUCCCUCCCCCACCCGGGCCCGGUGACCGCCGCCGCCUGGUGCAGCCUCCCCGGACGGGCGCCCAAACCACAGCUCUUGCUGGCCACUGGGUGCCAGAACGGGCUGCUGUGCGUCUGGAUCGUCCCGCAAGAUGAACUUUUGCAGCGCCAGUCCGGCCUCAAUGGCUCCGAGGGAUGGUGGGACGAGGAGGCCACUGGGAAGGAGGCCUACAGAUGCACCUUCCAGCUGCGGGGACACAUCACCCCCGUCCGGACAGUGACCUUCAGCUCGGACGGGCUGACGCUGGUCUCGGGAGGCCUGGGGGGCCUGGUCAACAUCUGGUCGCUCCGGGACGGCUCUGUUUUGCAGAGCAUAGUGAUUGGUCUCGGGUCCGUUCAGGCGGCCGUCUGGAUCCCCGAUGUCGGGGUCGCCGCUUGCUCUAAUCGAUCCAAGGACGUGCUGGUCGUCAACUGCACCCCGGACUGGAUCUCCUCCAGCCACGUCUUGGCCACCUGCCGGAGCGCCUUGAGGCAGCAGGGCAUCGUUGGCCUGAACAUGGCUCCCUGCAUGAGGGCCUUCCUGGAGCGCCUGCCCAUCAUGCUCCAGGAGCAGUACGCCUACGAGAAGCCGUACGUGGUGUGUGGGGACCAGCUGGUGCACAGCCCGUACCUGCAGUGCCUGGCCUCGCUGGCGGUGGGGCUGCGGCUGGAUCGUCUGCUGUGCCGGGCGCCCGUGGCCCCGCACCUCCUGCAGCACCAGCAGCACCAGCACCAUUACCAGCAGCAGCAACAGCAGCAGCAGGGUGGCCUGCCCCCGGAGCCCCCCGCGGCCUGGAGCCCCUCGGAGUGGGCCUGGCUGGAGUGCUUCUCCACCACCGUCAAGGCCGCCGAGGCCCUGGCCAGGGGCACGGCCUUCCCCGAGGGCUUUGCCGUCCCCGACCUGGAGCCUGUCCCCGAGGAGGAGCUCGCCCUCCUGAUGGACAACAGCAAGUGGAUCAACGGCAUGGACGAGCAGAUCAUGUCCUGGGCGACGUCGCGCCCCGAGGACUGGCACCUCGGGGGGAAGUGCGACGUCUUCCUGUGGGGCGCCGGGCGUCACGGGCAACUGGCCGAGGCCGGGAGGAACGUCCUGGUGCCGCUUCCCGCCCCCUCCUUCUGCCAGGCCCAGCAGGUCAUUUGUGGCCAGAACUGCACCUUUGUGAUCCAGGCGAACGGGACGGUCCUGGCCUGCGGAGAAGGGAGCUACGGCCGCCUGGGCCAAGGCAACUCCGACGACCUCCACGUGCUGACCGUCAUCUCCGCACUGCAAGGUUUCGUGGUCACUCAGCUGGUGACGUCCUGCGGCUCGGACGGCCACUCCAUGGCCCUGACAGAGAGCGGGGAGGUGUUCAGCUGGGGAGACGGGGAUUAUGGGAAGCUGGGCCAUGGGAACUCAGACCGGCAGCGGCGGCCGCGGCAGAUCGAGGCCCUGCAAGGAGAGGAAGUCGUGCAGAUGUCCUGUGGCUUCAAGCACUCGGCCGUGGUGACCGCCGAUGGGAAGCUCUUCACCUUCGGGAACGGGGACUACGGCCGGCUGGGCCUGGGCAACACUUCCAACAAGAAGCUCCCGGAGAGAGUGGCCGCGCUGGAGGGAUACCAGAUCGGAGAGGUGGCCUGUGGCCUGAACCACACCCUCGUCGUGUCCACGGACGGCUCCAUGGUCUGGGCCUUCGGUGACGGAGACUAUGGGAAGCUGGGACUGGGGAACUCCACCGCCAAAUCCUCGCCACAGAAAGUAGACAUUUUGUGCGGAAUCGGGAUUAAGAAAGUGGCCUGCGGGACCCAGUUUUCGGUGGCGCUGACCAAGGACGGCCACGUCUACACCUUUGGGCAAGACCGGCUGAUCGGCUUGCCCGAAGGCCGGGCGCGCAACCACAACCGGCCGCAGCAGGUCCCGGCCUUGUCGGGCGUCUUUGUGGAAGACAUUGCCGUGGGCGCGGAGCACACGCUGGCGCUCUCCGCCUCGGGGGACGUCUACGCCUGGGGCAGCAACUCCGAAGGGCAGCUGGGCCUGGGCCACACCAACCACGUCCGGGAGCCCACCCUCGUCACCUCCCUGCAAGGCAAGAGCGUGCGGCAGAUCUCGGCCGGCCGGUGCCACAGCGCCGCAUGGAGCUCCCCGCCCGUCCCCCCGCGAGCGCCAGGGGUGUCGGUGCCGCUGCAGCUGGGCCUGCCGGACGCGGUGCCGCCGCAGUUCGGGGCCCUGAAGGAGGUGAGUCCUCACACGGUGCGGGCCCGGCUGCGCCUGCUGUACCACUUCUCGGACCUCAUGUACUCCUCCUGGCGCCUCCUCAACCUCAGCCCCAACAACCAGAGCAGCACCUCCCACUACAACGCGGGGACGUGGGGCAUCGUCCAGGGGCAGCUGCGCCCGCUCCUGGCGCCCAGGGUCUACACGCUGCCCAUGGUGCGCUCCAUCGGGAAGACCAUGGUGCAGGGCAAGAACUACGGGCCCCAGAUCACCGUCAAGAGGAUCUCCACCAGAGGCCGCAAGUGCAAGCCCAUCUUCGUGCAGAUCGCCAGGCAAGUGGUCAAGCUCAACGCCUCGGACCUGCGCCUCCCGUCCCGUGCCUGGAAGGUCAAGCUGGUCGGGGAGGGGGCCGACGACGCCGGGGGGGUCUUCGACGACACCAUCACCGAAAUGUGCCAGGAACUCGAGACCGGGGUGGUCGACCUGCUCAUCCCGUCCCCAAACGCCUCGGCCGAAGUCGGCUACAACAGGGACAGGUUCCUCUUCAACCCGUCGGCCUUCCUGGAGGAGCACCUGCUGCAGUUCAAGUUCCUGGGGGUGCUGAUGGGGGUGGCGGUGCGCACCAAGAAGCCCCUGGACCUGCACCUGGCCCCCCUGGUCUGGAAGCAGCUCUGCUGCAUCCCGCUGGCCCUGGAGGACCUGGAGGAGGUGGACCUGCUCUACGUCCAGACCCUCAACAGCAUUCUUCACAUUGAAGACGGCGGCAUCACCGAGGAGAACUUCCACGAGAUGAUCCCCCUGGACUCCUUCGUGGGGCAGAGCGCCGACGGGAAAAUGGUGCCCAUCAUCCCCGGAGGGAACAGCAUCCCGCUCACCUUCUCCAACCGCAAGGAGUACGUCGAGAGGGCCAUCGAGUACCGGCUCCACGAAAUGGACCGGCAGGUGGCGGCGGUGCGCGAGGGCAUGUCGUGGAUCGUGCCGGUGCCGCUGCUGUCACUGCUGACGGCCCGGCAGCUGGAGCAGAUGGUGUGCGGGAUGCCCGAGAUCUCGGUGGAGGUGCUGAAGAAGGUGGUGCGCUACCGGGAGGUGGACGAGGCCCACGCGCUGGUGCAGUGGUUCUGGCGCACGCUGGAGGAGUUCUCCAACGAGGAGCGCGUCCUCUUCAUGCGCUUUGUCUCCGGGCGCUCACGCCUCCCCGCCAACACCGCUGACAUCUCCCAGCGCUUCCAGAUCAUGAAGGUCGAUCGGCCUUACGACAGCCUGCCUACCUCACAGACCUGCUUCUUCCAGCUGCGGCUGCCCCCGUACUCCAGCCAGAGCGUCAUGGCCGAGCGCUUGCGCUAUGCAAUCAACAACUGCCGCUCCAUCGACAUGGACAAUUACAUGCUGUCGCGCAACGUGGACAAUGCCGAGGGCUCGGACACCGACUACUGACCCCCCCUCCUUCCGGGGGCAAGAAGAGCCAACCUUGCCACCACCACCACCACCACCACCUCCCUCUCCUCUCCUCUCCUCUCCUCGCACAUCGUGCCCUUGUCAGGUUUCAGUGUCGACAACCACUUUAAUGACGAUGACAUUCUAGGUGUUUUAGGAAACAUUAAAGAGAAAACCAAACAGUGGCCACCCUUUGUUUAAAGCAAGUUCCUCUUUCCGCAACAAGACCUGGAUGUGGGUCCCGUCUGACUCUCUUUGCGACUGAACUCAACGCAGAAGGCGGGUGCGGAGGAGAGCGGUGCAAUCCUGACCCCGGUCCACCUUUUUUGAUAAGUUUGCAUGGAGCCUUUCUGGUGCAUUUCCCCCUUUGUUCGUUCGUUCGUUCCUUUGUUGGGAAGGGAGCGUUUCUUGGCCUUCCCACUGAACAUGAAGAGUUGUACAUUGUGUAUAAUUGUUCAUUAGAAAGGACAGUUUUACAUGAAUAUUCAUAUAUUUAUUUUAAUUUGAAAUGCCUGCACGGCAGCAGGGAGGGCGUCUUUUAUGCAGAGAGAAAUAAAGAGCAAACUCAAGAUCCGAA